UUUAUUUAUUAUCUGCUUAUCCUAAUCUUUUUUAAUUACACCAUCAAAAAGUUGAAAUCAUUACAACGGAUAGUAACAAGUCGAAGACCAUUAUAUACAAACGUCCACAGAUUAUCGACAAAUACGCUGUGUGCUCGUAGUGAUUUGCUAAUCUUUAAUUGCGUUCGUGUGCGCGUUGUGUCAUCUAACGAAGACGUUCAAAACGAGAGGCAUCAACUUUCACGUAGUGUUGUUCUCCAAUAUAUUUUCAGUUUGCUCGAGCAUUUCUGCCGCGCGGUUGGUUUUUUAUUAAACGUCAUCAGAACUUAUUACCUAACUGAAAGAAAUAUGUCCAAUUCUGUGUACGAAUCUGUUCAAAAGGGACCAGCCAUUGAGGUGUUUGCCCUAAAUCGUGCAUUCUUGGAGGAUACCGAACCUAAAAAGGCUAAUCUCGGAGUGGGAGCCUACCGCACUAAUGAGGGCAAGCCCUGGGUGCUGCCGGUGGUGCGUAAAACCGAAAUCAAAAUCGCCAGCGAUGAGACAAUCAAUCAUGAAUAUCUACCAGUAUUGGGCAAUGAUGCAUUUACAAAGGCCGCCACAGGCUUGUUGUUGGGUGAGAACUCGCCCGCUAUCGCAGAGAAGCGCGCCUUUGGCAUUCAAACGCUCUCCGGCACCGGCGCCCUCCGUGUAGGUGCACAAUUCUUGCGCGUCAUACUCGAUCGCCGUGUUGCCUACUACUCGAAUCCCACAUGGGAGAACCAUCACAAAGUAUUCGCGGAUGCUGGCUUUGAAACGCUACGCUCAUAUCGCUAUUGGGAUCAGGAGAAACGUACCAUCGAUUUCGAGGGUCUCUUGGCUGAUUUGGAAGCAGCGCCAGAGGGCGCUGUUAUCAUCUUACACGCAUGCGCACACAAUCCCACCGGCUGUGAUCCCACACAAGAGCAAUGGAAACAAAUUGCCGACUUGAUGGAACGCAAGAAACUCUUCCCAUUCCUGGAUUCGGCAUAUCAAGGUUUCGCCAGUGGCAAUCCGGAGAAGGAUGCCUGGGCUGUGCGUUACUUUGUGGAGCGUGGCUUCGAGUUGUUUGUCGCACAAUCGUUUGCCAAGAACUUUGGUCUCUAUUGUGAGCGUGUUGGUAAUUUGACUGUGGUACAACGUAGCGCUGCUUCAUCGGAAGCUGUUGCCUCACAAUUCACUUUGUUGGUGCGUGGUAUGUACUCGAAUCCACCAGCGUUUGGCAGUCGCAUUGUUGCCACAGUAUUGAAUAACCCAGAGUUGCGUAAGGAAUGGAUGGAAUGCAUUCAAACGAUGUCUGGUCGCAUCAUUAAAAUGCGCAAGGCGCUGUUCGACCGUCUCACCGAGCUGCAAACACCCGGCACAUGGGAUCACAUUGUCUCGCAAAUCGGCAUGUUCUCAUACACCGGCUUGAAUGAAAAACAGGUGCGCGUGCUCAUCGAUGAGUUCCAUGUGUAUUUGCUGAAAUCUGGACGCAUCAACAUGUGCGGCCUCAACGAGAACAACGUCGACUACGUGGCACAGGCCAUCCACACAGCCGUCACCAAAGUCGGCAGUCACAUUUAAAGUGCACACACAUCUAUAUGUAUAUUAAAUACAAACCAGCAUUUACAAAUGCAUUACAAAAACAAGAGCAAACUAUAGCAAAAUGCGGAAGGGAGGUGGAAUAUAGUUUGCUGAAACGCCGAUAUUUAGGAAGCUUUCAAACGUGUACACAUAAAUUUAUUAGGGAAUGUUUAUACGUUAUAUAAGUAUAUAUAUAUAUUUACAAAUACAUAAGACGCUAGUAAUUCAUAAGCAGUCCAGCAGCAGCAGCAAGCAGACCCUUACAAAAACAACUAAACAACCUCUCAACUCCCCACAGAGCAAAAAAAAGUAAAUGAAAUGAAGUAUAUACAAUAAUAACUGUCGUAAAACAACAACAAAUAUAUAUGCAACCUAUAGAAUUUAUUUUGUAUUAGUGAUGCAGUAAAUGCAGAACCGAAAUCAAAGUAUAAGAAAAAUAUGCAAAAACAAAAAAUAAAUAAAUAAAAAAGCCAAACAGUUGCAAAUGAACAAUAAAUAACCAAAAAUAUGGAGUUUUUGAAACGUAAACAACGCUAUGGAUUUACACAAUAAUAAGCGAUAAUAUUAGAAAUUAUUUAAAUAAAGUGCAAAGCAAUUAUACUCUACUUUGUAAUAUUUAGUAAACAUUUGUUGAGCGUUUAGCGAGCAGGUUCCUCAUAAUGUUGUAUGUAAUUGUGUAUGUUGAAAUUAAAAAUGGAAAUUAUAUUUGAAAAAAUUGAA